AUGGUAGAGGUGGUGGAGGCUAUUAAUGUGGUACAAGUGAUGGAGGAGGUGGAGACUAUUAAUGUGGUAGAAGUGGUGGAGGUGGCGGAGACUAUUAAUGUGGUAGAAGUGGUGGAGGAGGUGGAGACUAUUAAUGUGGUAGCAGUGGUGGAGGAGGUGGAGACUAUUAAUGUGGUAGAGGUGGUGGAGGAGGUGGAGACUAUUAAUAUGGUAGAGGUGGUGGAGGUGGAGGCUAUUAAUGUGGUAGAAGUGGUGGAGGAGGUGGAGACUAUUAAUGUGGUAGAAGUGGUGGAGGAGGUGGAGACUAUUAAUGUGGUAAAAGUGGUGGAGGAGGUAGAGGAGGUGGAGGACUUUGAGGAGGUGAAGGAAAUUGAUGAAGCUGACAAAUAUAGGACUCAAAGGCUACAGGGAUCAAUAAGGAUCAAUGAGGAUCAAUAG